AUGGCCGAACAGGAAUUGACUCUAUUGAAUAGAGUGGAGCUUAAAUUUGCAUUGGCCGAAGAUGAUAGACAAUUGGAAAGUACGCUAGGCUUGUACUUGGCCCCUGUGCUUUUAAAGUUGGCCAGCCCCCACCCAGAGGCACGGAAACUAGUCUUGAAAAUGAUACAGCACAUUAUUCCAAGAAUCUCCUCGGCUCGAACUAUACGGCUACCAGUCAAGGCCCUCAUCAAUCAAAUCAAUGAAUCCUCCUCGGCGGCGCCAGGCAAUGACACAGUAUCUGUCAAACUAUAUUCAGCGUUGUUUUUGUCGAGGGGCGUCGAGAGGCUCAGUCAAGAGGAAAAAUGGGAGCUCGUGCCGUCAAUUGCUGCAUGCAUCUCGACUCUUCCGUCGACUAUUGCUGCAAGAAUGUUUAGCAUCCUUUGUAAGCUGUUGAGAGGGUGGAAAGCUCCCGAACUGGAUCCUCACGGCCGCACCCAGCACCAGCUGGAACAGGAUCGCUUUUUGAGCAGCUCAAAUGAACAGUUUUUGGCUUUCAAAAUCAGCCAGUUUUUGAUUCUCUCGCCAGACCGGGGCAAGAGCUUGCAGGCUGGAUUAAGCGAAAACGACAUUAAUUUCUUCACGACCGAGGCCGGUGUCACUUUCGGCGACGGUGCCGCGCUAGCUGUUGCGAAACUCGACUUGCUCCAGUUUUUGAAAUCAUCUUUUACGCUGGAACAGUGUGUUUUGCCUUUCCUUGUGGCCGCGUCAGUCCCGUCACUUGACUCUCAUGAUGAGUACUCGAAAGCGUUGAAACUGAACGCCAAACCCGCACGAGAACUCGGCCAAGUGGUAAUAUGGGGCGGCGUUCUCUUGCACGAGUUUUUGAUUGACAUGUUUUUCAAGUUGGACGAGCAACUCCCGCUAUCGGCCAAUUUGAGGCUAAACAUUUUGCGGGAGCUUAUUCGAUCCGACUCCUUUUUUCAAAACUCUUCGGUAACAAGAUUGACGCUUGACGCGUUGAAAUCAGCACAACGGAAAAUGCGGCGUCUAGUUUAUGAACUCAUUCCGAAAGUUACCCAGGCCCAAAGAGGAGACAAUGCCAAGCUCAACAGCUUUGCGAAUGAGAUUGCCAACACUUUGAUGCUGCAGCUUGCGCAGUCAAAGACCCACAACCUUCUGAGCUCUGACAUGGCCGACAGAAAAUCGAAAUAUGAGCUCUUGGGCUACAUCCUUAAAGUGUCACCGCAGAUCAUGGCUUCGGAGUGGUUAUAUAUUCCGUUUUUGUUGAAAUCCCUCAACGAGGAGGAUGCAGACAUCCGUAUUAGUGUCCAAAACGCUCUUACAGGUUUGACCACGGGCAUCGCUGGGAUUAGCACGGAAAACAAGACGAAUUUGAAGAUGUGGGCAUGGAAAGAGCUAGCUGAGUUGAAUUCGGGCGACAACACUACCUCCUCCUCGUCCUCCUUUUCUAAAUCCAUCCUAGUCAAACUCGUCAAUUCUGCUUUCCCUUUUAGCGAUUCAUCUGCAAGAAUGAUAUCAGUGCUCGCUUCCUCGCCUGAAUUUGGUCCAGAGGUGAAUGAAGAGUCGAGAAAUGGGUUGGAUUCUCAUCUAUUUCGACUCUACAACUUUGAAACGCAAGCUCUGUCCAAGCAGAUUGAGUUUCCAUCCUUUAAUAGCUUUGCCCGGGCUCUCGCUGAUGAAGUUGGAAAAGCGAAACUGCUUUCGCACCCAUCUAUAUACUCUGCACUUCCCACUGCAAUCGAAUUUGCCGAGCGGCUCUUAGUUCUGGAGGCAGUGAAAAAUGCUGAAACGGUGGUCACUAUGGACCAGGAUUGGGCAUUGAGAGUCGAAAAGGCUUUGGAAACGAACCUCAAGGUGAGGAGGUUGCUUGUUGAGAAGCUUGACCAGGUAGACGUGAGUGAAGGGGUGUCCACUGUGUUGAAUAUUAGCAUCCGCUUUUUGAUUGAGCAGUUCCAUUCGGUUGGGGCUGGGGCUGGCGGUGGAAAGUCUUCAGGAUAUGCAAAGGCUGCAAUGACUACUGCUCGUCUACUAAGCUUUGCUUCUGCGCAAUCGGUUGCUCACUGUAUACCAGCAGCAGCAAGCGGUCUUGUCAGCAUCUUGGUCGAAAACGCAAUUGACGAAAAAUGCAUCGUGAAUUUGUGCAAGAUUUUCGGAAUUGUCUUUAGUCAACCUUCAUUCGACCAAGGUGAGGUAUUGAACGCAAUCAGAUCCUUGGAGAACAGUAGAUAUAAGGAUGUGUCGGCGCUUUCACGAUGCUAUCUCAUCUCCAGACUCGUGGGGCGUGAAGCUUUUAGUCUAAGCACCGGCAACUCCAUGGAUCAGUUGCUUCAAGAUCUCCUCGUGUUGUUGGACGGGCCGCGAUCUUUUGGUUUUGCAGUGACGGGAAUUAUCCAGUUGACGAUUUACGGCGCUUUGGGACCACAGACUAACGGACAUGGCUUUGUGUCUGAGGUGAGAUCAAAAAUCCAGCCCAAGCUUAAGCGAUUUGACGAGAAAUCAGUCUUGUUGUUGGGGCAUUUUAGUUUGACAAAGAAGCAGCCACGGGCAGAUGUUUUGAUAACGGACGCGGAAGAGAAAGAGGAGGAAGAGGAUGAGAAAGAAAUUUUCAACUAUCACAACUCAAAAGACGUAGAGACCAUCUUUGCAGCAGGGGAGGCCUUGGCUUUAGUGGGAGGAGGGUGGAACUCAAAACUUGUAAUACUAGAACAAGAUGCAAGGUUUGUUGAGACGCGAGCUACGAGUGGCAAUCUGGAGGGAAGAUUGCAGAGCAUAUUGGAUGCGGUGUUGACUGCAUGUAAAAACACAAAGCCUUCACUUCGCAGAGCUGGCUGCAUAUGGCUCCUUCAACUCGUUCAAAACUGUGGGCACUUGUUUCCUGUAAACGACGAGAUGGCUUUUGAGAUUCAACAGCGCUUCAUGAGCUUUCUUGCUGACAAAGACGAUCUAGUUCAAGAUGCAGCAUCGAGAGGGUUGGGUUUGCUUUAUGAGCAAGGUGGAGCAGAGCUAAAGGAGGGGCUAGUCAAGUCGUUGUUGAAAUCCUUUACGCAAUCGGAUACAAGCGCGUAUACUGCUGGCAGUGUUCAAAACGACACCCAACUUUUUGAGGCAGACGUGAUGCGAACAAACGACGGAUCCAUCUCAACCUACAAAGAUGUGCUCAACUUGGCUCAAGAAGCGGGUGACCCGAGCCUUGUCUACAAAUUUAUGUCCGUGGCAAAGUCCUCCGCCCUUUGGUCCUCGAGGAGAGGCAUUGCUUAUGGGCUCGAGUCAAUACUCGCGCAAUCUUCGUUGGACCAGUUGUUAUCCCAGAAUGAGAAUUUUUCAAAAAGGCUUCUUCCUAAACUAUACAGGUACAGAUUCGACCCAUACACAAGCGUUUCGCAAUCCAUGGAGAUGCUUUGGAAAUCGUUGGUGAAGGACUCCAGCAAAGUUAUUGAUAAUAAUUUCAAAGAGUUUCUAAGUGAGUUGCUCAAGGGGAUGGAGAACAAGGAGUGGAGAACACGGCAGGCCAGCACAACGGCAAUGAAUGACCUUUUGCAAGUAGUGGACUUUCAAAAAUACGAAGACGAUUUGAAUGAGAUCUGGGGCUCGAGUUUCAGAGUCAUGGACGAUAUCAAAGGAAGCGUUCGCAAUGAAGGCUCAAAGUUGACAAAGUCGCUUGCAUCGUCUUUGAUCAAACGCGUUGAGAAGCUGAAACAAAUUGACGAGAAAGCCACAAACUUGCUCGGUGGGUUGAUUGAGUUCUUGCUCGGACGGAAAGGACUUGGGUCCGAUUCCAAUGACGUCAAGGAGUUUUCAAUCACCACUAUUCUAAAGCUCUGCAAAACCAAAAGCAAGGUGCUCAAGCCGUAUAUCCCCGUCUUGGUUGAGAAUUUCAUACUUCAAUUUUCAAGCAUGGAGCCUGAGAUUGUCAAUUACUUGGCAUUGAAUGCUUCCAAAUACAACAUCGAUAACAACGAGUUAGAUGCCAACAGACUCAAACAAGUGGGCCACUCGCUGCUAAUGGAUGCAAUCGAUUACUUGCUUUCGCAAUUGGACUCCAGUUUAAUGCCCAAGUUUCUAUCCCGGCUACACUACGCUAUCAAAUAUAGCGUGGGUUUGCCGUCAAAAGUCAGUGGAUCAAAAGUCCUUAUUUCGUUGGUGGUGAACCACAAAGAGAUUGUUGAAGUCCACGCUGACGCAUUAUUGGAUAUGGCUUCCAACCAACUCAAAGAUCGCAAUGAGACUGUCGUUGUUUGCUACGCGGCAGCUGCCGGGUACAUUUGUCGUCUUGCGCUGUUUGGGUCUGUGGAAAGAUACUCCCACAAGAUUUCAAAGCUUUAUUUCGAGCCAAAGGAAGUAGGAGACGAAAGGUCGAGGUUCGUUGCGUCGGUUGCAAGCGAGAGCGUCUCCAAGUAUGCGGGGGAAAGAUUCAGCACAUUUGCGUCUGCCUUUUUGCCGUUGGCGUUCAUUGGCAAGUUUGAUGGUUCUGAAAGGGUUGGACGGAAUUUCGAGAGGGAAUGGACCGAGCACGCCACCGGCCAGUCCUCGGUCAAGUUGUAUGUGACUGAAAUUUUAAACUAUACUAAGGAUCACAUCAAGACAAAUGAGUUUGCAAUCAGGGUGACUUUGGCCAAGUCCUUGACAAGCGUGUGCACGGCUUUGCUGAGCAUGAACCCGUUGUCUAAAUCUGCCACCGAGAGUCUCCUCGACCUCUUGCUUGAAUCGAACAAGGGGAAAUCCUGGGAUGGAAAAGAGUUUCUUUUGCAAGCUUUGGUUGACUUUGCCAUUGCAUCGAAAGCAUUUUUAGACACCGAGGGUGGUAAAUUGGAGCAAGUUGAGAGCUCGUUGAUAACAGAGAUUAAGCGCAGAAACCCUCGCUAUCAAAGACUUGCUGUCGUUAGCUGUGGUAAAUUUAUUCAUAACAUAUCAAGCGUGAAGGUAACAGAAGUUUACCUAGAAGUUGUCAAGGGACUCGUUGCAAAAGAGUUGAUGAAAGGGAGCAACAAUGGCAACAGCAACAACGACGACGACGACAUGGAAGAUGUUGAAAUGGAAUUGGAACAGGGGUUGUCAGUCUCUGUAGAGGAGAGACGGUUACAGCUCAUGGAGGAUUUUGCAAGGGUUGUUCCCCUGGCUGUGACAAUGCGUGAGCAAUUCCUAGCGUUUGCAUGCGAAACCAUCAAGCAGUACUUUAAUCCCGAUUUACAUGGAACUUGGAGAACCAAAGUCAAGGCGUCCAAAGUGGCGCAAGGGUUGUUGAGCGAACUUUAUGAUGGUUCACCACGCGCUGAAGAUGACUUUGUCGACUUGUGGAGGUUUCUUGCCCAAGCACUGUUGUCUUUGCAAGAACUAGAUAGUGUCAAAAUCGAGCUUAUCAGGUUUUCAAAGGAAUUGCAAAAAGUUGCCAAGUCUACUGGUUCAAAGACUUUGAUCAGUGACAGCCUAGCCCAAUUUAAGGCUCUGGAAAGAUCUAGUGUUGUAAGGGCUGAAAUCGAUAGACAAAACGGAUGA